UGAUUUCCGAUUCAAUCUCUGUUUUUUAUCUGCUCCCUUUUACCUGAUUCCGAAACCUGUCUCCGAUUUCGCGACGGAAAAUGAGCUGGUGGUGGGCCGGAGCGAUUGGCGCUGCUAAGAAGAAAUUUGAAGAAGGUGAACCUCCGAGAAGCUUUGAGGGCGUCGCCCUGGUGAUCGGCGUUACUGGUAUCGUUGGCAACAGCCUCGCCGAGAUUCUCCCUCUUUCCGACACCCCCGGCGGUCCAUGGAAGGUCUACGGCGUCGCUCGGAGGUCGAGGCCAAGUUGGAACGCCGACCAUCCCAUCGAAUACAUUCAAUGCGAUAUCUCCGAUCCGGAAGACGCCGAAGCCAAACUCUCGCAGCUCGUUGAUGUGACUCAUCUCUUCUAUGUCACAUGGACCAAGCGAUCCACCGAGCUCGAGAACUGCGAGGCCAACGUUAAAAUGCUUCGCAACGUGUUGCGAUCAGUGAUCCCCAACGCGCCCAAUCUCCGCCAUAUCUGCCUUCAAACCGGUACGAAGCACUACGUCGGAUCCUUCGAGAGCAUUGUCAAUAAAUCCGUGCAGCCGCACGAUUCGCCUUUCACGGAGGAUUUGCCUCGAUUGAAAUGCCCAAAUUUCUAUUACACGCAAGAAGAUUUGUUAUUCGAAGAAAUUGAAAAGACUCAAAGAAAGGAUCUGACAUGGGCGGUGAUCCGACCCAAUGUAAUUUUCGGGUUUUCCCCCUUCGGCUGGAUGAACAUCAUAGGAACCCUAUGCGCGUACGCCGCCAUAUGCAGGCACGAGGGACGUCCGUUGAAAUUCCCAGGCACGAAAUCGGCUUGGGAGGAGUUCUCGGUAGCUUCAGACGCAGAUCUGAUAGCGGAGCAGCACAUAUGGACGGCGGUGGAUCCGUACGCGAAGAACGAGGCGUUUAACUGCAACAAUGGCGAUGUAUUCAAGUGGAAACAUUUCUGGAAAGUGUUGGCAGAACAGUUCAACAUUGAGGAUUACGGGUUCGAAGAGGGCGAGAAAUUGACGUUGGUGGAGUUGAUGAAGGACAAAAGCAAAGUGUGGGAAGAGAUCGUGAAGGAGAAUCAGCUGCAACCAACCCGACUGGAGGAGAUUGGUAAUUGGUGGUUCGUAGAUAUAAUUUUGAGCAUUUCAGGUAACAUAGAUAGCAUGAACAAGAGCAAGGAGCAUGGAUUUCUGGGCUUCAGGAACUCCAAGAACUCCUUCAUUUCUUGGAUCGACAAGAUCAAGGCUUUCAAAAUUGUGCCUAUCGAUNCUUCUCUGUUCCCGAUUUUGCAGAAGAAAUUUGAAGAAGGUGAACCUCCGAGAAGCUUUGAGGGCGUCGCCCUGGUGAUCGGCGUUACUGGUAUCGUUGGCAACAGCCUCGCCGAGAUUCUCCCUCUUUCCGACACCCCCGGCGGUCCAUGGAAGGUCUACGGCGUCGCUCGGAGGUCGAGGCCAAGUUGGAACGCCGACCAUCCCAUCGAAUACAUUCAAUGCGAUAUCUCCGAUCCGGAAGACGCCGAAGCCAAACUCUCGCAGCUCGUUGAUGUGACUCAUCUCUUCUAUGUCACAUGGACCAAGCGAUCCACCGAGCUCGAGAACUGCGAGGCCAACGUUAAAAUGCUUCGCAACGUGUUGCGAUCAGUGAUCCCCAACGCGCCCAAUCUCCGCCAUAUCUGCCUUCAAACCGGUACGAAGCACUACGUCGGAUCCUUCGAGAGCAUUGUCAAUAAAUCCGUGCAGCCGCACGAUUCGCCUUUCACGGAGGAUUUGCCUCGAUUGAAAUGCCCAAAUUUCUAUUACACGCAAGAAGAUUUGUUAUUCGAAGAAAUUGAAAAGACUCAAAGAAAGGAUCUGACAUGGGCGGUGAUCCGACCCAAUGUAAUUUUCGGGUUUUCCCCCUUCGGCUGGAUGAACAUCAUAGGAACCCUAUGCGCGUACGCCGCCAUAUGCAGGCACGAGGGACGUCCGUUGAAAUUCCCAGGCACGAAAUCGGCUUGGGAGGAGUUCUCGGUAGCUUCAGACGCAGAUCUGAUAGCGGAGCAGCACAUAUGGACGGCGGUGGAUCCGUACGCGAAGAACGAGGCGUUUAACUGCAACAAUGGCGAUGUAUUCAAGUGGAAACAUUUCUGGAAAGUGUUGGCAGAACAGUUCAACAUUGAGGAUUACGGGUUCGAAGAGGGCGAGAAAUUGACGUUGGUGGAGUUGAUGAAGGACAAAAGCAAAGUGUGGGAAGAGAUCGUGAAGGAGAAUCAGCUGCAACCAACCCGACUGGAGGAGAUUGGUAAUUGGUGGUUCGUAGAUAUAAUUUUGAGCAUUUCAGGUAACAUAGAUAGCAUGAACAAGAGCAAGGAGCAUGGAUUUCUGGGCUUCAGGAACUCCAAGAACUCCUUCAUUUCUUGGAUCGACAAGAUCAAGGCUUUCAAAAUUGUGCCUUGAUUGAUUCCCCACUUCUUCUUCUGCAACUGUUUCCUUUGGAUUCUUCUGCAAUAAGCUUGGACAUCAGAAAGUGUUGCUUAAUUUUACUUUUCUCCUCUCUUUAUCUUCAA